CUUUCUUGCGUUAGCGUGAUCUGCGCGUGGAAGGUGAUCAGAUGCGCAGUCGACCCCUGGCACCUCAGUGCGCGUGUCCCUGCAGCGAACUACCAUCUUGAUUUCUGUAGCUAAUAAUAAUAAUAAUAAUAAAAAUAAUAAUAAUAAUAAUAAAUUCAGUCGCGCGUUCAAUGGGUGUUACGAUGCAGUAAAGGUGCACCAGGCUGCCUGCUGGCUUUAAGCGCUACAGAUCUCCGCAUCGCUAUAGCGCGUGAGAGGAUUCAUGCUCGAAGGAUAAUGACGCGCGACUGAUUACCGCGCCGACCAGUGCCCUAAAGCGUGUCAGAGUGUGUCAAAGGAACAAUAAGACGAACAAGAGGACUCUCACAAAACUUUUCAAGAAAGCAUGGAAGGAUCCAAGACGGCAAACGCAAAAAAUGGCGCAGACAUGGAAAACAACAACCAGUUGUUGAUCAGGUGUGCCUUGAGAAAGCCAAGCACUUCCAUGGAGCUUCUGCUAAUGAUCCCCUUGCUUCUUGGUCUCAUCCAGCCAAUUGCAAGUCAAGUGUAUGUAAACUCUUCUUCAUAUGAUGGCAACACUAUACAACAAUCCGAUCAGACACAGGAGAGCCAAAGGCCUUCUCAUUCAAUAGGCUGGACUGAUGUGCCUGACCAAAUAACGGGUCCAGGAAAGUCAGAAAGAGUAACAGACAGAAAUGCUUCCGUUGGAGUCUAUAAGGACGGAGACACUAUAUCAAAUGGGCAACUGGGGGAUAUAAAUAAUAUAGUUGAGGAGACAACGACAAAACCUUCAGAAAUGCAUAUGAAAGUUGACCUUACAGCAUAUUCCCUGUUACCAAAAAACAGAACCAAAGGUGGACUCAGUCAAACUCAAGGUUCCACAGUUAGGCCAGUUACUACAUUGCCCUUUCAAAAGACUGGAGGCUAUUCUGAAAAGGAAACAACUACAUUUGUUCCCAUGAAACAAGAUUCUGGCAGAACUGCAAUAACAGAGGCAGAGACAAUGGCCAAAAAAGCAAUUACUGACACUAAUAAAGAAGACUGGUCAAUGUCAGCUGUAUUACUUCCCACUGUAAUUAGCUUAGUAAAUUCAUCAACUGACUCUGAUGAUGCUGGCCAAGUACAAGCAUCUCAUACCUCUCUGACAACUGUGUCCACCACUCAUAUAAAGCCUACAGCUGGCUUAUUGCAUCAGGCCAAAAUCUCCACUGCUACACUGGCCAAUAAGAAACCAUCGACCUCAGUUCAUUCCCCAGUGCUCGCUGAUAGGAUGAACACAAGUGGGGCUGAUCUAGGAGCUAAGCAAGGCAAUACCACUACAAAAGGGCAUCAGUCAAAAGAAAGUCCAUCAGCUUCACCAUCGCAGAAUGGAACCACUAUCCUGAGGACACAACCACAAAGAGAAAUCACAGCCAACUUAACUAUCCCACAGCCGAAAAGCACAACUCAGUUAACAAGCACAAUGACGACAACCAAUCAGAAAUCAGUAGGAGCUGCAUCUCAAGGAGCAGUCUCUACCAUAAGCAGCCAGCAAACAGCAGAGAUCAAACCAUCAAAAAGCACAACAAAACAGAAAAGCACAGCAGAUGCAACCACUUCUCAAAGCACAACUCUGUCUCUCCCCAUGGGACGUGGACGUUUGCUACCAGUGGACAAUGAUGCGAGACAUGUAGAUAAAGAAAAUUCUCCAUCCCUGGUGAAUAUACCGUCAGUUAAUCCUGGACCUACCCCUCCUGUAAAUUCCUGUGCCACUGGUUUGGGCGGCUGCUCCUCUCCUGAAUCCCAAAACACACUUAGUGACACUACCACCUCAAACCGGACCUUGCUGGUGUGGGCUGACCUGAGCCGCACGCUGUCGUUUGCCUGGGAGCUGCACGUUUUUGGCUCAGCUGCCCUCUUCCUGCUUCUCACUGCUGGCUCUGCUUUGGGUUUAGCCCUGGCUCCCAACAUGCACUGCCCUCACCGUGGAGCGCUAGCACUCGCUAAUGGCCUCCUACUCCUGACAGGUGCAAUCCGAUCCAUUUACUUCCUGGUUGAUCCCUAUGGUUCUCGUCUGCUUUUGCCGUUAUCAGUGAUCACAGCCUUGUACACAUUAGCAUUGCCUCUGUUAAUAUGGGUGCAAUCUGCAAUGGUGGUGUUGGUGCUAAAAGGGGCCGAGGUGGUUUUAAUGCCUCCACCUCUUCAGCAUCCGCCUCUUCUGGCUGUGAUGGCCAUUCUCCAAUGUACUCUACUAUUAGCUGCUGACCUGCUAUCACCUGCAUUAUCACCUGCUGUACCUGUGGUCCUGCAGACCCUUACCUUGACUGCUGGGUUGGUACUGUGCCUGGGGUAUAUAUUCUUGGUUCUGCCACGCCUCUCAAAUGUCCAGAUCGGCCAAACCAGAGAUAAAGGGCUCGGUAGGUCGAAGUUGAAGGUGCUGGCACGUGUGCUAGCAGGGUGUGCUCUUCUUGGGGCAGUGUGCUGUCUGAUGCACGCUUACACCUGCUUUUGGCUGUAUGGACUGCUAGGGGACUGGCGCCACUUCCGCUGGGCUUGGUGGCUGGUUCAGUUCUGGGCACGACUACUUGAACUUACAUGGGCUUUCUGUCUUUUGCUGCUGAGCUCCUGGGUUUUCUGGAGACCUCGAGGGGGCCAGACGGGGAGAGCUCCAGGACAGGGAGUUGGUGCCACAGGUGACCUCACCUCACCCUGCCCAUCCUCCAAUUCUUCAGAAACACACACUUGCUGGGCAAAGAUUGUGCAAAGCCUGAAGGGGAGACCUUGUAGGAAAUCUGACAGCAAUGGGGUGGGAGGGGCCAGUGGUGGUGGGGUAGCAGGGGAGCUGCCUAAUAACUGGGCAGGACAAGAACGCUCAGGUGUAGACAUAAGCAAGAGCCUGAUAAGAAACCGGGACCCACCUAAAGAAAGUAAUCAUGGACGCAACCAGAGAAGCAUUGAGGGCUCAUCUGGGUCAUUGCUAAGGUUGCAAGCGCUCAGUCGACCACACCAGUGCUCACAGAGCAGCAGUCUGGACCGAGAAAAAGAAUCAGCCAUCUCUCUUUAUGACUUUGACUUGCGUCCUCCAUCCCCAAUUGACCUGACCCGCAGUAUUGAUGAGGCAUUGCACCGGGAGCAUCUGCUCAGGGGGGGAAGCCUGUUCCGUUCUUUGGGACCUCCAUCACCACCUCCAUCUCCUGAGACUUGGCUGCGCAGGAACAGCGAUCCUCAAAUUAUGCUCUCAGAGAGCAGUGAUGAGCAUACUCUGCUUACAGAGUCUUCUGCUGGCUUAAACCGCUCCAUCCCCAGCGCUGUCCCAAGCCGGCAGGUAACCGCUCCACCUACACCAACCCAUCACGGGCCACGCUGGACCUCUCAAGCUCCUGUGCCUUCUUCUAUUUCCUGCCCCAUCUCCCUGCACCCCUCCCCUAGUAUGGGUCGAGCCUUGAGUCCGAGCACAGACGAUACCAGACCUUUUCUUACCCCUGAUUUAGAUAAGGUGGGGUCAGACAAUGAAGGAGAGAGGAGCUACCUGAGAGUCAGUCGCCAUGACGACUCGGCAAGCGUCACCAGUGACAUAAUCGAUCUUUGAACUGACUCAAUUGGUCAAAGACCAGUGACCUAGGUAACAACCACAUGACAUCACCUGAAAUAAAAUCAGGACUAUAGUCUGGUGUGACACAGAAUAAAAAAAGAAAUGUCAGAUCGACUUUAAAUUUCGAACGCAUUAGGUUUGCAUGCAGUAUGGAUUAUUUUUUAUGGAGUCACCUAUUUUAUUUUAGGGGUGUUUGUGCAUUCUUUUGCUCACCUGUGUAUAUAUUUAAGGUUGAGGAGCAAAGUGAAAGAACAAAACGGUUCUAAUGACUAACAUUUCCUCAAAUUCCUCAUAGCCAGUUUAUGUAUUAUUUUCAAUAUUUAUAAAUAGGCUGAGAGUCUUCAUUCAAAAUGUCUGAACAAUUUCAAAGAAUUCAUUUGCAAACAUUAGCAGACUGUUGUCAAUUUUUAGGAUGUGUGGUGGAAACCAUUUUUUAUUUGAACUUGGUUCGGAUGUUAUUUGCAACUGACUGAAAUGCAGAGACUUGACAGUGACUGAGAGACUUAAUCUAUGUUUUGAGAUUAGAAACUGUGCCUGUAUAAGAAUUUUUUCGGAUGCACCGAGCCGACGGACAUUACAGUGAUAUUACGGUAUAUGAAACGAUACAAAUCGACUCAAAUAUUUUUUUGAACGACACUUUUUUCAGAGAUUUUGUGGCGCAUUAUUUUACUAGGAACGUUUGGCAAAGUUUCUGUCAGCUGGUUUGGACUUUUUACAUAACUGUAUCCAGGCACUUGGUGUCUUUUAUAUGAAUAUUGAGAGAUAUGUGCUGCGUUAUAAUGUUAGAGGUCAGGUAUAUAAUGAGCAAAAAAAAAUUAAUAAAAUGAGGGUAAAGUGUUAUUAUGAUACAUAGAACAUAGUAAAAAUAAACUAGCAUGACAACUUGAAUCACUGUAAUAGCAAACAUUCCAGUCUUGUUAAUGCAGGACUCAUGAAGCAGUUCAACUUGAUUAGCAUUUCAAUUUAAUUAGAAUUGUAAAUAAUAUUUUUUCAAACACACAAUGUAUAAUUAUUAUUUGUUGUCUAUUAUUUGUUGUUUUGGAAAGGCCACACAGUUGCAUUUAGUGCAGAUGGUAUUAAUGUUCUGUUUUUUUCCACGCAAAAUAAAAUUCAGCAUGAGGAAAUAUAGAAAAAAUGGUGGCCAAAUCCACAUAUAGGAAACAAACAAUGUGCUUUUAGGAGACAUAAUAAGAAAAGACAGCACUCGUAGCUUUACGAUUGAGGUAGUUACAGACACAGACACAGUUUAAGUCAAAUUUUUGAAACUAAAGGUGAUCAUAAACAUUUAGUAGAGAAGAGUGAAUUUUUUAGAGAAAGAGGAAUUUUUUGCGCUAUUGCUAAGUAUUUUUUAACUCGUAUUUUUGACACAAUGGGUGUAAGAUCUCUUUGAAGGGCAAAAAUACUUUCAGACAUGCACUACAAGCAAAACUCACACAAGCAAAAAAAAAAAAAAAAAAAGUAGAUUUCUGAAAAAGAAAAAUAAAAAAUAAAAAAAAUUCUGCUCUACUGUAUUCACCAUCUCUUUAUUACUAUUGAAUGGCUUCCUAAGACUCAAAGACUGUGAUCUGCUCACCAUUAAAUUUCCCCUGUCACUCUCCACACCACUAUUAUUUAAUAUGAGCUGCAUAAGCUAAAGAUUCCUUGUAGUAUUCAGUCGAUUUGCAACAUUUAGACCAUUUCCAGCUUCAUUUACAAUUAUAACAUGGGAAAAAUGGACACACUCAUAUUCGUGACAAUUCCUUACACUGACCAACUGUUACUCAUUUACAAAACUAACAUGUAGUUGCUUCUAAGAUCAUUAUCAUUCCACAGAAGAGCAAGACAGCCUCACACACUAAGAUGUAAACUAGUCUUUAGAUUUUUACAGCAACAACUAAAAGCGAAUAAGACGGUCUAAUGGUCAGUACAAACGUCUCUAUUUGGAAUGUUGUUUAUAGUAUAAUUUCAUGUAAAAAUUUUGAUUUCCCGCCAGUGCAUGUCGUACGGAACAAACCUGAGGUUAUGUGUAACAUAAAAGAAAAUGUAAAUACUGCUAUUUUUGUGGAUUGUAAAUAAGAAUAUGCCAUGUUCGGAAUAACAUGAAAGAUAUUUACUGUGAAUGACAAUCCUGCGUAGUGCAAGUGUAUUUCCAGGCACAAUACAAGGACUGGCAUUAAAGAAACUCUUAUUUUUUUAGAUAUGUAAAAGUUUUGAUUAAGAAUCCUAGUGAUAUUGAACAUAAACAUUUUUUUUUAAAAAACAAAAAACGGGAUAUAUUGCAAAAUAUGAUCCUGUCACAUAGAGGGAAUUAAAAAAAAAUCUAUCUAUAUAAUAUACCUUCUUGCACUUAAACCUUUCUCUCUGUAUUCAAGUAUCUUCCCUAACAAUGUUAACAUAUCUCCUAUUCUCUUUAGUAGAACGUUGGGAGGAUGACAACUGUGAAAAUAGAAUGACCAGCUCGAGUUUCUACACUCUGGUCAAUAUGUGAUUGUGUAACUGAAUGUACCUUAUCAAUAAAAUGUCUUAUUUGUGCUGUCAUAUGAUCCAAUGAUGUGCCAUUAUGAUGUCUUGAACUCCCCCAUCCCACUCAUACUGGGUUGGCUUGUUGUCUCUUAUCGAUAGCAUUGUUGUUGUUUGUAUUUUAUGAAUUAAUUGCCCUGGUGCCGUAUACAUGUGUGUUGUGCCAGCAUGCUUACAAAGCAAAUCUGAAUCCAUCGUUUUUCUUUGCAAACUGAAACAUCUUUUCUCUUAUUCACUAUGGCUAUGUAUUUUUGGGCUGAUGCCUCAGUAUGGUUUUGAUUAAAAUUGUUGACAUUUGA